CCUUAACCUAUACCUUACCUACCUUUCUACCCUUCUACCCUUCUACCUUUCUACCUACCAUACAUACCCAGUGCUGCUCAUUAUCAACUUGCCCGCCUCCCGUUCGAAUUAGCUACGCUCCUAUCCCUACAUAGCCGAAUAGCUCUGCGGCCCGACGAACUUAGCCACUUCGCCCACUAUCCGUGCUGAGUCCGAACAACUUAACUACCUACCUAUCUACCUACCUAAUCUAUCUAUCAUCGAUUUAAUUUUAUUAUCUAUUUCCAUUCAUUCAUUCCACUCAUUCGAAUAUCUCGAAUACAUAAAAAGAAAUAAUACAAUUUGGUCCUUUGAGGCCCCUCCUAAUUCAAGAUGGCGGGAAAAAUGGUGCUGUACAAACUAGUGGUGCUCGGCGACGGUGGUGUCGGUAAAACAGCUCUUACAAUCCAGUUAUGUCUACAACAUUUCGUCGAAACUUAUGACCCGACGAUUGAGGAUUCGUAUCGAAAACAAGUCGUCAUAGAUGGUCAAGCGUGUAUGUUGGAAGUCUUGGACACGGCCGGCCAAGAAGAAUAUACCGCUCUACGAGAUCAGUGGAUAAGGGAUGGCGAAGGUUUCGUACUAGUGUACAGCAUCUCGUCCCGAUCGUCGUUUUCGCGAAUUAAGAGAUUCCAUCACCAGAUUCAACGGGUCAAAGAAUCCUGCUCGGCAUCACCCACCUAUCCUGGCUCACCCAUAUCCGCGUCAACGCCCCCAAGUGCCGUGCCCAUAAUGCUGGUCGGUAACAAGAGCGAUCGGGUGACAGAAAGAGAAGUUUCCACCCAAGAGGGUCAUGCUUUGGCGCGGGAAUUAGGGUGCGAAUUUGUCGAAGCAUCAGCAAAAAAUUGCAUAAACGUGGAGAAGGCUUUCUAUGACGUGGUUAGGAUCUUGCGCAGACAACGACAACAAGCAGCCCGGCCCUUGGCACAAGGUGGUCGCGGCCCACGACCACAAAAUGGAGAAGCUGCCCACCGAGAACCUAAUGAUCGGUAUAGGAGGAACCGCCGCGGUGGGGGAGGGAACGGUGGACGGUGCGUUAUAUUAUAGAUCGCAUCGCAUCCUCACCGUUACAUAAGCGCCCUUGCGUUCCUGGCCGGCUUCCAAUACGACAGCAGAGACUGUUUCGGUAUUAGUUGGUGCCCGGGGCGCAAUUCUGGAUAUACUAAGCCAUCUACCAACGCAAGAGGGUGGCAACACUAGACCUUAACGCAAAUGACGCUACUUUG